GAAGAAUAUCCGCCAAUUCUUUCUAACAUUGGAAUGGGAAGUUUGUUACUUAAUUACUAUCGUAAAACAGACCCGUAUGACACUUAUGUUCCUGAGCUCAGCGUAGGUGAUCCGGUAAUACUUGAUAUGAUGGAUGAGUCGCCUUUUAUGAAUUUUGGGGACGUUGAGCGAGGACAAGUUAUACCUUCAUUAUUUAAUAAUUUGAUUAGAGCUCCAUUAUUUAGCCAUGAUGCCAAAGACACUGACUUCUUGGUCAUUAG